AAAUUUCAAAACAGUUGCAACAUUUCUCGUGGGCUUUGCAAUCUAACGGGUUGGAACAAGAUAAAAGGAAACCAUGGAGACUUUGAGAGAUCGUCUCAAGCUGAUGGUAAUAACCUUCAGAAGGGAGUGCAGCAGGGUUUUACGGUCUGAGAGGACUACCAUUCAUGGAGCUGAUGGCAUGCUUAUGGUGUUACAGUUGGCCAUGGCAGAAGUAAAUAAACAGCAUGCCGGAGAGUUCAAAGUGGCUCUGAGUGAUGUCCUGAUGGCCUGGAAACACUUACUGUUCGACAAACUUCACCUGCCGCCCCCGAGCUCUGCACGCUUGGAGAACUAUGACCUCAUCCUGGAGGCAUACGACUCGUUCCUGAAGCGUUCCAACACCGUAGACCUGGUUGAUAUCCUCUCCAUGUACAAACAGCUGCGGGUGGUGGACUCGGACCCAGAGGAGCCCGUGAGCCCGAUUGAGCUGUUUGAGUUCCUAUCGGGGAACAUCGAGGCCCCAGAGUUGCCAGACGUUUCAGUUCCAUCGACGCCGUGUAGCCAAAGGAGGCCCUGCAGCUCUCAGAUGAAAAUGGCUGUGAGGCGGGUUUUCUGCUCCUACCUGAGUCUGCUCGUGAACACCAAGAAUGACCUGGCCUUGGCGCACACCCUCGAUGUGCCCAGCCGCGACCUCGGACGACAGGCCUUCACAGACGUCCGGCAUGCCGCGCACGAGGACAAAACGUCCCUGUUCUUGGCUGUGACUUCAUUCGUAAGGGCCAUCCAGCUUGGAGGGAAGGGCUACGCUCCAGCCGAGUCCAAUCCACUAAGGAAGCAUGUCAAGGGGCUGUCUGCCUACGUCCACUUUUUAGACAACCUGGAUGAAAUACUCGGGGAGAUUCCGGACCCACGUGUGUGUGGAGCCCGGCUGGUGGCGGCCAUCAGGGCGGUGCUGGUCAAGGGGUCCGCUAACGGAGAGGAGCUGCGCGCUGCCGCUGAGGAGACCGCAAAGGAGUUGGAGGAAAGGAUUGUCCAGCUCCAUCAGGUCCAGAAAGGAGCUGAGAACGGAAGCAGGACGGGGAUCAGUCCAGCCAGGCCAAAAGCAUAUGCGAUAAAUCACGCCACUGCGUCCGGAGGCCGGGACACUGUGAAGGUCCUCAUGGCGCUGCUGGACGAGGAGGCCCUGACCGCCCCGUGUCCCAACAAGGCCGACCUGCUGUCCGAGGACCAGCCCGUCCUCAGUGGCUCGGAGGGAACCUGCGUCCUCACGCUGUUCAGAUCCCCCGAAGUGUCUUCUGGAUGUUCUCCACAACCCUUGAGGAACAGAGUCCAGAGCCGACUGGACCUGAUCAAGCCCAAGGCCAGAGAUAAGGUCCCCCGGUCGCAGUUUGCGUGCACAUACAAAGACGAAGACCCCCCUCUCAGCCGGGUGCUGCAAUUCCCCAGCAGCAGCCAGGCCCCCACCUGCGUGCACCCGGCCCCGAGGCCUAAACCCACCACGGCUGCCCAGGACGGGUCCAGCCUCGAUGUUCGGGACUCAAGCACGGCCAAGCCCACCCCUGGAUGCCGGACAAAAGAGCAAAGUGAGGUACAGAGGGAGGCUGCUCUUGAGCAAAGGAGUGGAAACGCUCAAAACAGAGGCUCGGGUCUGGCUAAUAUAAAGAAAACUGGCAUUCAGAUGCAGAGAAAGGGAAACAAGAGGAAGCAGCUGGAUUCCGAUCAACACAGUGGAUGGGAGAAUGAGCCUCCUGAGAAGAAGCAGCACACUCAUGUGUCAGUCAAACUGCCCAGCAAAAACAUGGGCAAAACCUCGAACAAGAGGAAGCUCAUAGCGGGACAGGGAAAGCUAACCAGCUUCUUCAGAGUCUAAGAGUGGUUUUGUUUUUUUUGUUUUUGUUUUGUCAAAUGUGGUAAAUGUAAAAUAUUCCAGCGGUUGAGUUCACUUACUGGUACAGUUCAAGCUGUUUUUUUUCUUGUUUUUUUUUCUAGUUUUAUUCUAACUUUUAGUUGGGUAUUGUCCC